AGAGGAUUGAAUGGCUACCAAUCUGUGAACAUCGUGUUCCCUUGUUUCUGUUCUGUCAUGAGCUUGUAUUAAUUCUUGUAAAUUUCUAUUAUGUCUUGUACCUCGGAUUCCAGCUCUCCAUCACCAGCAAUGUCACAGCUUCUGGUAGAUUCCGCAAAUUCCAAUGAUCGUUCAAACCUAAGUCUGCUCUCUCUCUCUGUCGCUGCUGCGAGUGCUUCGCCAAUAUCCAUUCCUCGGUCUGCGGACAUAGUUAUCCAACCACUGCAUGUAUCUGGGACCAACUUUGUUCCCAAGCAUCGUCGUCUGUCAUCUACUGGCAAGACCAGAAGGAGACUGAGCGAUGCGCGAGACGCAGCUACCCGACCUUCAACAGCAUCCCUGCAGAGUGCAGCUUUAUCCUCACUUGCUACCUUGUCUCUUUCCUCUUCUCCGAGCAGUAAUAUCCAUCACGGCACUUCCCUGAAUGUAGUGUCCCGAAGUGUCCUUGAAACACAAGGACUUGACCCCAAUACUGUGGUGCAGGGGGCUGAUGCUGCACUACAAGAUGGGAGCUUUGACGACAAUGAAUUGUCGGCGUCGCUUCCCACUCACAGUAGUCUGGGUACGAACGCGAAGAGCGGAAAGAAGCGCGGCACGAUAUUCACGUGCGAGAGCUGCUCGAAGGUCUACCGGCAUCCUUCUUGUCUCAUUAAACAUCGUUGGGAACACACUCCCCAGUGGCGCGAAGCCUCCAAGUUUGUGCUUAGCAAACAUCAGCAAGUCCAAUUGUUGGAGGCCGCCGCCAUAUUGUCGCAUCUUUCACCCUCAUCUACGAACGGGACAUCACUUCCCGAAGAUCGCUCCCUUUGGCCUACCUUUCUCUCUGGUGGCAUAGUCCCGCCUCCCGCUCCCGGGAGCGCAAACGAAGGAUCUGGCACUUUGUCUCCUUCGAAACCGAUAUCCAGCUCUGUUCCGGCAGCGUCCGUUAUCAGCAGCUCGGGCCGCGCGGGAUCAACCGGACCGCGUCUACAUGACUACUCUAUUCCCCAAGCCACCGGCCCAGGUGGUAUCACCCAGCUGCGUCCAGGCCUCCUGGGCGUACCUACCGCCCCGAACUCUCGCACGCCGAGCUCCCCAGUACCGGUUCCCGCCGCUCCUACAGAUGCCGACGCAAGGAACCUGCUGGCUCUUGGCUCUGUUAGCGUGCACUCAGAGUCAUGGGGCUCGCCGACCUCAUCCUCGUUUUACGGUGUUUCGUCAUUCCCCUCUGCCUCUGCGUCCUUCUCGCGUUCGGGAUGGUCCCUCCCGCGCUCGUCUGUGCGUUCGAUGUCUGUUUCUUCUCAUUCAAGCGACGACGGCGAGCUCGUCGAAGUUGAUGAUAUCACAUCUGCGAACAUGCACAUUCACGGGCGGGUGAGCAGCACGCGGUUUAGGUGGAAAUCCGAAGAAGAGGAUGGCGUGGUGUCGUUCAGCGUGCCUGAGGAGGUUGAGGAGGAGGGCAUUGGCCCUGGCACGGUGAAGAGCAAGUCUGAAGAACAAUGGGACGGUAUGGAAAUGGACAUGGAGAUGGAUUAAAUCCCUCCUGGUAGGGCUCGCAGGAAUGCAAGCCAUCGAUCGACCAAGUGCAUCAAGUAAAGCAAAACAAAACACAAACGAAAUAUUCCAAUCUCUUCUCCUCGUUUCUCACGACAACAGACGUCGACUCAUCGUGUACCUAUUGAAUCCACUGCAUACCUCACGCUCACCUUUUUAGCAUUGGGCUGUUUCGUCUUUCCUGUUACCUGUUGCCUGUUGUGUCGUUGACGUCAUAUUUCUGAGACUGCGCCACGCGAUCUUUUCGUUUCUGUUUUGUGACAUAUUAGUGAGGUAUCUCCCGGACUUUUUAUUUCUUUGGUGUAUGUAUGAUAAUUAUUGGAUGUAACACAACGUGGAAUGAAUCGUGGAAUAUCAUUAUCUUUUACAUGCACGAUCCUGU